CCCUCUUACAAAUCACUUCAUUCCUAUCCUUCUAUCAAUUCUUUCAUAUAAAAUUUCCUUUGCUUUCUCUUUAAGUCCAUAUAUUAUUAUUAUUAUUAUUAUUAUAUAAGGAUGGUUGUUUUAUCAAAGCCAGCACCAUUACAUGACCAUUACGCAUCGAUCAAGACAUGCAAGCCGAGGAUUAGUGUUUUCAAAGGAAUCCCAUCCAUAAACUUAAGAGACCCAAAGGCCAAAAUGUUGAUAAUUCAAGCUUGCCAGGAGUUUGGGUUCUUCAAGCUGCUUAACCAUGGCGUUCCUAUGGAAACCAUAGCCAGAUUAGAAGCCGAAGCUCUUAGCUUCUUUAAUCUUCCCCGGUCUGUGAAAGACAAAGCCGGUCCGCCCAACCCCUUUGGUUACGGUACUAAAGGGAUUGGACCCAAUGGUGAUGUGGGAUGGAUUGAAUAUCUCCUUAUCAACACCGAUCAAAACCCAGCAAUUUCCCGGUCAGCGGUGAAGGAUUAUGUGAUGGAAGUGAAGGCGGUGGCGUACGAGGUGGCGGAGCUAAUGGCGGAAGGGUUGGGGAUUGAGCGAAGGGAUGUGUGGAGUAAGAUGCUGAGAGAGGAGGAAAGUGACUGGUGUUUGAGGCUAAACCAUUACCCGAUUAGCCAAGACCUGCAGGCAUUGAGCGGAAGGAAAAUGAUAGGGUUCGGGGAACACACCGACCCACAAAUAAUAUCACUACUAAAAUCCAACAACACGUCGGGACUGCAAAUAUGUCUUAAAGAUGGGACUUGGGUUUCAGUCCCACCUGAUCACGCCUCCUUCUUUGUCACUGUUGGUGAUGCUUUGCAGGUCAUGACAAAUGGGAGGCUUAAAAGUGUGAGGCAUAGGGUAAUGACAAACUCACUAAAACCAAGAAUUUCAAUGAUAUAUUUUGGAGGUCCACCUUUAAGUGAAACCAUAAGGCCAUUGCCUUCACUAAUGGCCAAAGGUGAAGAGAGCUUGUACAAUGAGUUCACAUGGAGAGAAUACAAGGCUUCAGCUUAUAAGUCAAGGUUGGGUGAUUAUAGGCUUGGCUUGUUCGAAAAGGCUUCAACUACUGGCCACUAAUGGCAUCAAGUUCCCCACUAUUUUAUCUUUAAAAACUUAGGGUUUUUUUUCUUUUGCCGAAAAUGUUGAUUCCACUUGCCAUAGAUAUGGAAAGCAAAUAGAUUGGAUUGUUCAUUUUACAGGCUUUAAAUGUAAGUUUAUCAGCUAUAUAAAUACAUAUGUGAAUUUAUUGAUUUUA